GAAAAGGCUUAACAGCUGCGCUCACCCGGACACUGAGUAAAGAUGAUGAUGGGGAAGGAAGGGAGCUGGACACUCUCAAAAUCCACACAACCGAACUGGUUUCGCUGAUUUCUCGCUUGUGAUUAUCCCAUCCAUAAUUCCAUCUGUGAAUCAGACACUAGCCAAAAGCGAAAAACAGUCAUGAGGACCAUAGCCCAGGGCAGUCACACGCGAAUCGCCUUUCCAUACAUCAUCAUCAUCCACAUCUUCGUCGCUCCGACCAUUAUCCUUUAAAAGCUGGCUUGGACUGGGAUGUUUAAAUAUUUCAUGGCCUGCCCAAUGGGUGAUAAAGGGGAGAAGACGAGCUAUGGAACUAAAGGAGACGUCGGCGACAGACGAAGAAAUAAAAACCAAAAGGCAGAAGACGAUGGCAUAUAAAUAAUGUAAAAAGUGUGAAAUGCGCCUAAUGGUGUGCCAAGGCCGGAGUAAGAGCGGAAGGGCUGGCGAAAGCGAAAUGGAGCCCAUGAAAUGGCGCAUAAAAUGACAAUUGACAGCUGAUGAUAUUUUUGCUUGAAUGCGCUGUCUCAACCAUCCAUGUGAAGGCGAGUGAAACAAAAGCAGCAAUUCCAGUAAACAAGCUCAGACUGAUUCAUUUGGAGAAGCGGACGAUCAAUACCGAAUUCCACAAUACACAGGUUGCCGUUUCUUCCACGUUGUCGUUCCGUUGAAAAUACCCACCCAUCGAUAUGUCAUGCAAAAACUGCCCACCCUACAAGGCCUCGGAACUGGGCGUCUUCUUUCCCGACUGCUUCGAACGCGUCAGCGGGUUUUGCAACAAGAAGAAUCCCGGAAAUGUCCAGAACCUGCACAUCCUGGCCCACCGGGUGAUGCCCAGGUUCUUCGACGGCAUCGAGCUGGACUACCUGCACCGCCUGGCGCCCAACAAGUACAUCACCGCCUCCUGGGUUCUCAGCCACAUCAGGGCUUCCGGAUUCCGCUUCGGCGGUCUCUACACUUUCCGCGUCCAAGACGACACCAUGUAUACACCAACCAUUAUGGGCGACAUUCAUCCCACGACGCUGGCAGCCAACCUGAACAUCCUGUACUAUCCCAUCCAAUCUCUACGAAUGGAGGCCGUAAUGCAGAGGGCCAGGGAAACUGCUCCGGUGGAAAGUCAGUACACGAUCGAGUGGACGCGGCAAUGCGACACUUGGACAGCCAACUUCUACAAUGUGCGCAAUGAAAAUGGCCGCUGCACACUAUCUGUGAUGAGAUCGGUGACCGCCCACUGGGCUCUCGGCGCGGAGAUGCUCCUGGAGUGGAACGAACCACAGAAACUGAACCCGGACCUGGCCUUGGCAGCACGGUACUCCCAUUAUAAUUAUUCUUUGGCUGCUACCGCCUCGAGACAGGGCCUGGAUGUAAGCUAUUGGCAGCGGAUCCAUCCUCAAAUUCAGAUGGCCAAUCUUUUGGCCUGGAAUCGUAACACCCGACAAACCAUAGCCACAAUAUGCUACCAAUGGAACUUCUGGAAUUCGGCCGUGCAUGGAAUGUUCGAUUCAGAUGCCUCUGUGGGCUUUAUGUGGACCAAGUAUUUAAGGCACUUGCCGCUGCAAAUGGGUUUCAGUGUGGUGAUGAACCUUCCCACAGAUCGAUUUGCAUUCGGCAUGCGUUUUGUUUUGGAUCCGAGCGGACUGAGGCGUGGCGAAUAAUUGUGUGUUGCUAUACCAUUUUUGUUAUAUGUAAAGCCAAAUUAUUUAUUGCAAAUCUUAGUCGAGGGUUUAGAGAAUUACAAAUUUUCUGUUUGGAAAACUUUUAUUUCGUCAAAGAUACAA